CAGUAAAUAACAGAGAAACAGAUAUGAAAUAUUAUAUGCACCAAUCAUAAAGCAUAUCUAUGUUUAGGGUACAAUAUUACCGUCUUACGUCAAGUCGUGUGCUUGUGUUAACUUUGUUUCGUAACAAAAUACAUUUCAAUAUAACUAUGAAGUUCACAUGGAUACUUGUUUUGAUAUCUACAAUGACUAUGAUAAAAUGCAAACCAGCUGAUAUUGACGAUCAUUUGUCAGAAUCCAAUACUGCAUUAGAUCUUGAAACAAAUAAAACGAUACAUCUUAUGAAACGUAGCAAGGACGCUGUUAAUAAACGGAAGAAGUUUUUGAUAACAUUUAAACCACAUAUAAAAUAUCAUCGCAGGCACAGACGAGUUAAGAAGAGAGAGCCAAUGAGAAAAACGCAAAAAAACGCAAUUACAAAGAAUAUCACCAAAUCUAAUAAUAAUUAUAAAAAUAGCAGAAACAUUUUUGAGGAAUAUAUUGACAAAACACAUGGGAAUCAACGAAUAACUAACUCAGAUGAAAUUAAAACAAAGGAGCUUAGAGAAAAGAAUACACGUUCUGAAUCUAAAAGCAUCGUCGCCAAAGCCAGGAGAGAAUCCGUAAAAUGUCUCCGAAAGUGUUGCAAGUUUAAAAAUAUAUUUAAAAAUCACAAUUGUCUUUCUAAUUUUAAACGAUUUGGACGGCAAUAUCUAUCGAAUAGAAGUAUUCGAUUUAUAAAAGUUGCUGGCAAUAUAUGCAUAAAUGGAAAUUUAGAAGAAAACGAUAAAAAAUCUUUAAGUGACCGAGUUGUAGACUCAACUCAAUCACUCGAUCGAUCGAUCACAACGAGUAUCGAUUCGUUAAUUCAAAAUAAAUUAAGUCUUGGAGAGGAAGAAAUAUAUAAAACAAACGCAAGAUUGAUAAACGAUGAAAAUAUAAAUAACAGCUCACGUUUAAAAAGAAGCGCUAAUAUUAUAGAAGAGGAACGUAUGGCGACCACUUCAUCAGGUUUCAGAUUCACUGGUCGAGAUACCUCGAUACACUCCAAUUUUAUUUAUAAAAAUAUACAUAAUUAAA